GCCUAGAAGACAUUGCCAUUUUGAUAAAUUUCCAUCUCUUUGAUUUGAUUCUUUUUGAGUUUUCGGGUUCUGAAUUCGAACAAAUUCUUCACCUGUUUCUGGUUCAGUUCAUCCAAUUCAAGUUCUUGCUCAUUAAACGAGAACCCGCGAAAAGAUUUUCGUCUGAAACGGAUGCAUCUUGAUUGAUGCAGAAAAACAUCCCUCUUCCUUGAUGAUGAUGAUGAUGAUGAUGAUGCAUUGUUGUGUGAAUUUGUUGGGUUAAAACAAAGAGAUAUUAAUAUAUUUAGAGACAAUGGGGGUAGAUUACUAUAAUAUAUUGAAGGUGGAAAGAAGUGCCACAGAAGAUGACCUGAAAAAAGCAUACAGAAGAUUGGCAAUGAAAUGGCAUCCUGAUAAGAAUCCUAAUAACAAGAAGGAAGCAGAGGCCAAGUUCAAGCAAAUCUCUGAGGCUUAUGAUGUAAAAAAAUUUCUAUGAUUUCUUCUCUUUCCCAGCAUGUUAGUUAUCAUGAUUUAUGGGGAAUUAUGUGUUUUUUUUUUUAACAUACAUUUGAUGUCUUGGCAAAUGGUGAUAGUUUUUGUUUUUUUUUUUUUUUUCUGAAAACUGUUAAAUGCACCAAGUAUGAAUCAGAGUAGCUAAGGAUGGAUUGAAAGUUUUUCGGUUUAUGUGUCAGGUCUUGAGUGAUCCACAGAAAAGGCAGACUUAUGAUCAAUAUGGGGAGGAAGGUUUGAAAGAUAUGCCUCCAUCUGGUUCAGGUGGAGGUGGAUUUCAAAAUGGGUUCAAUCCUCGAAACGCAGAGGACAUUUUCGCGGAAUUCUUCGGUAGCAGCCCCUUUAACUUUGGAUCAACAGGGCCUGGCAGAUCAACAAGGUUUUCAUCAGAUGGAGGAGGACUAUUUGGAGGAUUUGGUGGGAAUGAGAACAUUUUCAGGACAUAUAGUGAUGGAACUGGUGCUUCUAUGCCCAAGAAACCGCCUCCAAUUGAGAGUAAAUUGAAUUGCAGCCUUGAGGAGCUCUACACCGGGUCUACUAGGAAGAUGAAGAUUUCUAGAUCAGUUGUUGAUGCUAAUGGGCGAUUGGCAACAGAAACAGAGAUUUUAUCAAUUGAAGUGAAACCCGGAUGGAAGAGAGGGACGAAGAUUACAUUUCCGGAUAAAGGGAAUGAGCAGUAUAACCAGCUUCCUGCGGACCUAGUGUUUGUGAUUGAAGAGAAACCUCAUAAUGUGUUCAAGAGAGAUGGAAAUGAUCUCAUAAUGAAUCACAGAGUGACACUUUCUGAGGCAUUAGGUGGGACGACCAUAAACACGACUAGUCUAGACGGGCGCGAAUUGUCGAUCCCUGUGAAUAACAUCAUCAGCCCAGGUUAUGAGCUUGUGGUUCCCAGAGAGGGGAUGCCUAUAGCAAGGGAGCCUUCUAACAAAGGUGAUUUGAAGAUCAAGUUUGACGUCAAGUUUCCAACAAGAUUGACGCCGGAGCAACGAGCAGCCAUCAAACAUACUUUGAAUGGUUAACAACUGGGUUGGAGAUGGGAGAAGAACUUUUUUCUGUAGAUGACUAAUAUGUUUAGGAUGACUUUUCUGUAUAGUGUUUCGGUAGAUUUAAAUGGUUUGUAAUAGAUAUAUUGAAUCUGACAAGACAAUCUUAUCAAUUAUCAAUCGGAAC